CUCUCUAAGUCUUGUUUCUCUGUCGCCCUUUCCCUUCUCCACCUCCUUGCUCUUUUGCAUGCCUCCUUGUUUCUCUCUCUUAUUUUCCCUUCUCUGAUUCCAUAGAACGCGCCAUUUUCUUCAAAUUCCUUUGGCUCUGAGGCCAAACCAGUUUCCAUGAUGGAAACCAAUCGACCCCAAGGUUAAUGAUCAGGCUCAAGAUGCCUAAGAAAACAAACUCUCAAUGUGAAAUCGGUUCCCCUGAAUCGGUGACUUCUCAAUUUGAUCAGGUCGCUGGAGGUUUAGGCCAUUAUAGUUGUGAAGUCUGCAACUUGAAGUUUGGCUCAGAGCGAUCUCUCAGAGCUCACGUUAAAGCCCAUGCAUCCAAUUAUGGUUUCACUGAUAGUGGUAACAUAGGUUUGAAAGAUGAGCGAGAGAGGAGAAAAGAUGGUUGCAGCACAACAGAGGAAACAACAAAGCAUAACCAACAAGUGGAGAGGGAUUCAACCACCUGAGAAGCCUGCACUUGCCAGAAAGAAUGAGAGGAACCUGCAGGUCAAAAUUCCAGCAAUGGUGCACAGAUCAAUUCCGUAGAAAGUUUGUCAUACCAUACCAAUAGCACCAUAACAGAAGAGAGCUCGAAAGAACAUUAUCCUCUCUCUCCCCUCUCAAAUUGGUCGGUCACUGGAUUUAGAACAAGAAGGAACAAAACUGCCAAGGUCCGAAAGUAAAGAUUUGCAGAGACAAAGAUUUGAGGGAGUUUCAAAAAGCAUGAAACAAACUGU